UUUGACAAACGUGAGAAGAUGCACUGCUCUACUGUUCGGUGUCGGUCUCAGCCAAGGAGCUCUAAAAGACUGGUCUCUACUCUUUGGAGGGCGGUGUUUUGGAAAGAGGGGGGCGUAUCUAAUUUAACGGCUCAGUCUAAUUUAACGGCUAAAAUCGCUUACAGCACCUUUAAUUAUUAGUUUUUUUUAUUUUUUAUUUAAAUAUUCUAAUUUAAAAACAAUUAUAAUUCUGUUCUUUUUAUUAAAUUAUUAUUAUUAUUAUUAUUUUAAGUAUAUUUUGUUUUAUCUUUAUUUGUACGUUUGUGGUGUAAAUCCUUUUUUAUUAUUAUUCAGUUUGACAGGCUUUUAUUUUAAAAUUCUCAACUUCCGGACGUUGUGCGUCAGAGGUCUAAGAAGAAGCUGACAGUCCCUUUAGAGAAAGUUUGAAAGGGGUUUCUCAUGGAUUCAGAGGUGUCCCUGAUGCUGCACUGUGCUCCAUUACAGGCUUUUGGAGAACAUCAAAUACAUGUAGAAAUUUCAGACAGGUUCAAUCGACAAAGUUUUCCAGAGAUUGAGAAGCACAUUGAAGCCGUGUGGAGUGACAGAGUGUCCAAAGAACCAUGGCUCUUCAAUGGUGCUAAAUUCAGAUUACAUUCAGCCGUGCUCUCUUACAACAGCCCUGAAUGGUCAACAGAUGCUCACAAACAUCAGUGUAUCAGCUUGGAUAAAGGACACCUGCGAGAACAAGCCCCCCAAAACCUAGUGCACUUACAUUGUGGUGAAGGACACCAGUUUGAAAAGUGCAGGUGUGGAGGGGUCCCAGAUAAAUCCAGACCCUCAGACAGAGUAACAAAAGAUGAGCAAUCAUGUGUCCUGAAAUUACAGUUAGGCCUGACCUGUUAUAAAGACUACCUCGGGACUAACUGGUCAGGAGAGGCGGGGAACCUGCAGAGUCGUGGACAGGCUGAAUCAGAGGAUCCCCAGGCCUUCCUCGCACAGCCGCUGGGGGUGGGCGCUGUCAUGGCAACCUCUGAUGGAGAGGUUGUCUUGCUGAGGAGAAGUCAGAAGGUGGCAGAGGCAGCAGGGCUCUUAGACAUACCCGGUGGGCACCCAGAGCCAAAGAUGGUGUGUCAGGGGGUCAAUGAGGAGAGCAUACGUGUUGACCUUCUGCUGGGUAAAGAAAGAGUCAUUGUUUCAGAGAUCUUCUCCUCGGUGUGCGCAGAGAUCAGUGAUGAGGUGAACGUUCCUCUGAGUUCCCUAAGCAAACCCUUGUUCAUGGGAAUAGCGCUGAACCACACCAGUGCAGGCCGACCCAGUGCUGAAUUUUAUGUUCGGUGCUCUUUGACAACAGAGGAAGUGAGAGAUUUCUACAGACGUGGAGGACCUGAAGCCCACGAAUCCACAGAUAUAUUGUUUCUUAGCCAAGCGGAAAUGCAACGAUUAGAUGAGCGUACCCCCCUGUGGUCAGAGAUGUGUCCUUCAGCAAAGGGUGCAGUGCUACUGUAUCAAAGAGUGAUGCCUGAUUGCUAAAUUUACUACAGAAACAACCUCUGCUAAAUGCACUAGUAACAAUGAGUACAACGAUAAGUGAUCACAUCACUGGCUAUUUGUAAAAUUAUACUUGCAUAAAAUAGUUUUGUAUAGAAGUAUUAUUCUGUCUUCUGCUUUGUAUACUAGUGGGUGGUAAAACGUGUAUCUAUUUUCAUUAUUCAUAAGUGUAAAAUAGUGUUAAUUGAAUGUAAAAUAUUAAUUUGGAGAGAUUUCUAUGAAAUUUAUUUUGUAAACAGACCACUUUGUGAAUUUGAAUACAACUUUUCAUAUUAAAAUAAUACAACUUU